AUGACCUCAUUCCACGCUUUCGGCCAGCUUCCUCCGGAGUUGCGCUUGAGAGUCUGGAUCUUCGCCUUACCACCGCCUCGCGUCAUCGAGCUGACAUGGAUGUCUCGAGCCCGAUCUGUGACAUCGAAGUCAGGAGCGCCAGCCAUUCUUCACGCAUGUCGAGAGUCUCGAUACAGCACAAUCCAGUUCUACCAACAGAUCCAGUUUGGGUACUGUUCUCAAGCUGUUCUGCUCGAUUUUGAUAGAGACACUCUGUUCUUCGGACCAGGCUGUAGGCACUUGGUACCAUCCGGCAAAUCAAAUCCAUGGGUAAUGCAGAAUCGGAAAGUCAUUCGAGACAUCAAGAGCUCUGUCUCGCUGCAGCAGAACCUUGUACUUGCUGCUUUUGACUGCGAUUUUCUUCUGAGCAUGGAAGACUCUGAGCAAGAGCGCGCGUUGCAUGACAUUUUGGAUGGCAUGGAGAAACUCACGGAUGUGGUGGUUGUUAAGACGGUGCAUGGAUCCCAGAGGACCAUGGAUGGCUCACCAGAGCCUGUACUAUCUGAUGCUCGGAUGGACUCAUGUAUUUCUCGACUCGAGAUUUACAAUUGUAUGAGAGAAGGCCGAUCGAAAGUCGCAUUGAACAAGGCGGUGUACAAGUCGAUAUCUAAGUGA